AUGGACGGUCAGACGGUCAACGGCGCAGCUGCCAUGGACCAGAACGUUACUUCCGCGAAUGGCGGAAACGCCGACACCAUCUCGCAAAUUCACCAGGCACUCGAGGUCAUACACAGCCCCUAUUCCUCGAACGAAUCCCGCCGAGACGCCCAGCUCUUCCUCGAGAACCUCAAGACCAUAGACGAGGCCCCUUUCCAUGGCUUCACUCUCGCCUCCAACAAGUCGCAGUCUCCCGUCGUGCGCCACUAUGCCCUGUCUCUUCUCGAGCACGCAAUCAAGCAGAAAUGGAUCCAGUACAACAAAGAGCAGUCAAUCAUGCUGCGCGAGUGGGUGCUGGAGCUCUGUCGCAGCCUGUCAAGAGACGAUCCGUUAUACAUCAGGAACAAGACGGCCCAAUUGUGGGUGGAAGUCGCCAAGAGAUGCUGGGGCACCGAGUGGAUGGACAUGGACAGCCUUUUAGUCCGUCUCUGGCAGAUACCUGAGUCUCCCGUGCACAAGGAGCUUGUUCUCUUUGUGCUCGAGACGCUAUCCGAUGAGGUUUUCAACGGCGACGACGCCGUCGUCGCCAUGCGCGAAGGCGUGCUUAGCAGAAGCUGCGUCGAAGUCUUCACCCCAGCCCCCGUCUUGAGCGAAGCCUUCCCCAACAGAGCCGCGGGCCCCGAGGUGCGCUCUGGGGCGGAAGGAUGGCUUAGCAGGGUAUCCGAGUUUCUCAGUCAAUGCCUCAACGGUGACGCCCAGAACAACGACCAGAUUCGCUCCUGCGCCGUGAAAUCCUUGUCCGUCUUCUAUUCCCUCAUGCCCUGGGCCAUUCCCAAGUCUGUCGCUGUCGCAAACUGCGUUCCUGUCAUGUGCAGAGCUCUGGCAACUCCUGAAGUCUCCGUUCAAAAGGCCUCUCUAGAAGCUCUCCAUGCGCUGUACUCUCGCUCGAACUUCUCCGAGCAAGAGUUCAAGGACCUUGUCGCGCCCAUGUACGACGCCAGCUCGGUAGAUCUACUCAAGAGGCUCUUUGAAUGGUCUGCCGUGGAUGUCGAGGAUAUCGACGAAGACAAGUAUCAAUUCGGCAAGAAGUUCUCAGAGAUGCUAUCUCUGCUUGGUAAUUACCUUGAUCGUAGAUUUUCUGCCGUACCCACAAACGCAGACGUCAGCGGUUUCCUCAACCUGUUAUUGCUCACCGUACAGAGCCAAAGCCUCAUUGUUGCAAUUCCUGUCUUGGCAACUUGGACUCGCCUCCUCAACAAUAGGCUGAUUGGACAGAGCCCGGCCAACAACCACCUCGUUGGUCCUCUUCUCGAGGUGUGCGGCUCUCGCUUGAUCAGAUACGAAAAUUUGCCCGAGGACACGCAAGACCCCACGUUCUUGUUCCUCAUGGAGGAUACUGACACUGUCCCCGAGAGACAUGCGUUUCUGGGCAAUUACAGAAGGUACAGCACUCAGGUCAUCGAGACCAUUGUCCAGCUGAAGCUGUCUGAUGCAGUCUACCACGUUCUUGGCCAAGCAGAGCAGGCUUUGCAACAUUUGUACGAUGACAGCCCACCAAUGGACGUCACAAAAUACGUGAAACACUCGAUGCCGGUCCUGCGUGUCGAUGCUCAAUUCACAGUCAUCGAGGCGGCACUUAAGGGUUAUAUGAAGUGGAGGGCAAACACCACGCAGCAGAGCUUGCCAGAUCAUGAGCAACAGCGUGUCGCCUUAGAGAGAGAUCUGGAAUCAUGGUGCACCAAACUCCUUGAAAUGAAGUUUGAGGAUCCCCUGAUACGAAAGAGAGUUUUGCAACUCUUGGUUGCCUUCUCGACCACAGCCCUCGACAAGAACCCAGGAUUCAUGCUGAAGGUUCUUGAACACAUUCUCAUGACCUGGCCCGCACCUCAGCCGGAGCAUCGUGCCUUCAACGAGGCCAUCAAAGACUUCCAGUCCGAAAGCAUGGUGGAACUGCAGAGGCUUGCUUCAAAGGUGCCUGAUCACUUGCUUGCAGUAUACGACCAAAUAGAGGCACGAGUCAACGAUAUGAUCUCAUCAGGCACGUUGGACGAGAAGCGCCAGAUUGCCUAUCAGAGCUUUCUCUUCAUCAUCGUUCACCGGGCUUCCAACAUUGAUCCGGCCAAUCAGGUCCAGCGUUUGCAAGAGUUCAUUAAACCCGUGACGUCUUCGUGGCAGAACCAGGAACUCAAGAAUGCGUUGUCGUCUUACUCGGGCUUUUGCGAGCUGAUGGCUUUGGACAAGGCCAAGAGGUAUCUGACAAGCCACCGUGUCCACGAAGUCAAAGAUUGGGGUUCUUGCGAACUGGACGCAGAAGGGCUGGCUUUGCAGAGCGAGUUGGAAGAGAGGCAAAAGAUGUUGCCGCUUCGGCCGACAAAGUCUUUCCUCUCAUUCUCGGUCGAGAAGCUGGAGAAGUCGUCUACUCCUUUCCAGAUCUCUUAUCAGUUGUGGAACGAUAGCUUCCCCAUGAUUCUGCCAGAUCUUUUGCAAUUUCUCAGCCACGCACACGCCUCACACAACCCGGACAACUGGGCGGAGCUGCCGGCCGAUACGCGAUCUGUUGUCGGCAAUGUGCUUAGUGACCGUUUCUGGCAGGCGGGUAUCUCAGAGGGCAGCAAGGACGAGUUCUAUGCUCGUGUCAUGGACAAAAAGAACACACUUGAAGGGCUUGCCUCGACUAUCCGCGGGACCGUCAGGUUUGUCCGGGAGACCUGCUACGCCAUCAUCUACUGCAUGAGCCGCUUGGAGAUGCAGUUUUACGGCUUCAGCGAGCUGCCCGGUCCGCUUGCGCAAGCUCUCUUUCAGAACUCUUUCCACCUCUCGGCGCACCAGCAAAUCAACUUACUCAACCUUGUUAGGUACCUAGUGGACGACUGUCCAUUGGAGCAACGAGAGCACUUCCUCCCCCCGCUUCUGGCAGCGUGUUUCCAGCAGAUGGAUGCGAAGAUCAAUGCAGAAUGGGAGAAUCUAGAGCGACAGCAGGCUAUCCAGGCUGCUGCCGACGCUCUCACCGAAGAGAUGAAAUCUGAAAGUAUUCUGCGCCAAGUUACCUACACUGCGGUGAUCAUGGUGGCGGAUUUCCUGGACCCCACGAAGAAGAAUCCUCCUCCGUUGAAUUCGCAGAAUGGCCAUGAGCAACCACGGAAAUAUCCGUCGCUUAGGAAAUUUUGCUUGAUGCAGUCGACCAUUGUAGAGCCUCUGCUGCUCUUUUGCACCCACGCCAUCCGCAUGCGAGAUACUCGGUGCUGCAGCAUAAUAUUGCGGGUGUUCCGCUCUAUCGUCCCAGACUUUCACCUGACGGAACCGCGUUCGCCAAAAUCCAUUCCUCAGGAUGAUACUGAAGCGGGGCCACCCAACAGGGACCCUUAUCUUGAUACAACGCCAGUGUCUCCAGAAGCAGCCACCGCCAUCCGGGAAUACAUCGCAUCAGAUGUACUCCGGGCCUGCAUCACUUCCUUCCACGAACCUUACUUCGUAGACUUACAGAAAGAUUUGGCGUCUUUGAUUGCUGCCAUCGUGGUAUACUACAGUCCUGUCACCAGCACGCCUCGAGAAGUGCUUAUGUCGCUGCCCAACAUCAGACAAGCAGACCUUGACAGGCUAAAUGAGUUUUCUUCCAAGCCGGCCUCUCACACACGCCAACAGCGUGCGCUCGUGCUUGAUCUCCUCAAGGACCUCAAGGGCGUGAGUAUUGCUGAGAUGGGGAAGCUCCCCAAGAACGGCGGCUUCGGCCCAAGCAAGAGGUCGAACCGCAGCAAGAUGGCACAAGAGUUCAUGACGCCUGCAAAUGAGACAAGAACGCGGGGCGGCGGGGUUGCUGACACAGGACGGGCUACCCCAGAUGCCCUUGAGGGAGUUGCCAAUUUGUUUGAGGGUUGA